AUGAUCACUCUUGAAGAUUUGAGGGGCGAUUCUCCUGAAAUAUGUGGGUCCCUCAACAAAAUCAGAGACGAGAUCAGAGCUGUUGCUAAAAAUAAUGAUGAAGAAGACGCAAUGCUCACCAAGAGGAUUUUGGAGGAUUUAAUUCAAUUCAGCCGGAAAAAGCGAUCUGCACCAUUGGAUUGUGACAGUGAAAAGGGUCCGGAGAAGAAGAAGAUGAAGAGGGUGAGGGUUAUACCUCCCAAAAACUCCUUAGAUUUUGCGCCCAAAAAUUCCGACCACAGUCAAGAAGAAGGAAAGUCUAGGAAAGCCGUAAGGCAGGGAAAGACUCCGACAGAGAUGAAGCAAACGGUUGAAGAGCAACCGCCCGGUAUGCCAAUGGAGUUCAAGGACAAAAUCAUGGGACUGCAUGGUUGGGACGUGAAGCUUGUGAUUCAAAAGAAAUUGACGGGCACCGACAUGGAGGAUUCGCAGGAUCGGCUUUCCAUUCCAAGGGGCCAAAUGAGGGCAGACUUUCUUACGCAAGAGGAAGAAGCAGAACUGGAGGAAAAAGAAGAAGAUGGGAUACAUUUCAAAGGCUUGAAAGUGGCGUUGAUAGAGCCAAGCCUUGAGGAGUCGGCCAUCUUCUUGAAGAAGUGGAAAUUGGGUAACAGCAGCACAUACAUGCUCAGCUCCCCAUGGAAAAAUGUUGUAAUUAACAACGGCCUCAGGAAAGGCAAUAUUAUACAACUUUGGUCCUUCAGAGUUGACUACAACCCCUGCUUGGCCCUUAUCAAGCUACAUAAUUAG